AUGCAAAGUGAACUUUCAGGUUCAAUAAAGGACAUAAAGUUUCCAAAGAAAACUCUUUUCAAGAUGAGAAACCAGGUUAUCAAGCAACGUGAAGAGGCCCUUCAGUAAUUUAUGAAUGCAUUGUGCAAUAGCGAGCCAAAAUACAAUCUCUUUAUCAUUCAAAAUGACUAGUUUUGUGAAUUCAUCAAAAUCGAUGAAGACAUAAGAAAUCUACUGAUUGAGUAAUAUAUUAGUACCGAGAAGACCCUAUCAGGGUUGAGAUUACGCGGAACUUUCGUCAGCAGGUCAAGGUCGAAUUUAAACUCUUUAGUCUAACCGAGUUCACCAGCAAUUCAACAUCAAUCAAUCAGAUAAUCCUUCUAAGUGACCAAAGAGUCUAAUUUUGAGUAAACUGUAUUUGAUUUCCUGUUCUUGCUUAACCAAAAUAAUGAAGAGAAAGAAAACAUUGUGAAACAGAGAGGAAUACUUCACUUCAUCGGUAAUAUUGAAACUCAUCCAAUUAUGUCCAAAGCAUGCCUCUGCUUGGUGAAUAAGUUGCUCAACUAUCAGCAAAAUAAACAUGCUGAAAAGUAUAAUAAAAUAUUUGCCAGAACUGAAACUGGCCUAAUUAGAGCAAUGAAGUUAGAAAUUCACAUGAAAGAGAGAAAUAAAUUAGUAACAAACUAGCAGGUUAUGCUAAUUUUAGAUUCUUACUUAAAAUCUAACCCUAGGGUAAAGGAUAUUAGGUUAUUACUAGGAGAUCAGGAGGCUUGCGAUUUGUUUAGCAAAUGGUAUACUGUUAGGAAAAACUAUAAGGAUAUGAAUCUAUGUGAACCAAAAAAUAUUAAGAGAUCUAAAUAAAGCUUCAGAAAGUCAAAAUCCUCUUAUGUUUCAGGGAUCUCAGAUGAGGAUACCACUCAUCAAGGCACUUUAAAUCAUAAGAGAAUCUAAGGGACUGUUGGCACUAUGGGUGUGUGUGAGGAGGAUCCACUUGAGAAUUUCUCUGACUAAUUUACAUAGUUAGAGGAUAGAGAGUCAAUUGGUAAAAGACAAAAUGAUAAACUCAAAGAAAUCAAAAGAUCUAUGUCAAAGGAUAACAAUCAGGAGUGGAUUUUUAGUCAUAUUAUUGAUAAUGACAUUAAGGUUUUCACCAAUGAAAGGCAAUAAGAAUUAUUAGAGUUCCAAACUCAAAUAGAAUAUGAUAAUAUGUCCUUAGAUCUUUAGCAAAUCAGUUUCAUUGUGUAGAUCUUAGAAUCUGAAUAACUGAAAUUCAUCCCCGAAGGCGACUCUGACAACUGCGAAGAAAAUACAAUCUACUAUAUUCACUUUAAUGAUGAACCUUUGAUGAGGGUUAAUAUCCAGAUCAAAGACUAACUUCAGUCAAUUUUUGUUCAAAUUUCCCAGAUUGACAAAAAUAAUUAAAGUAAAAUAUUUCUCUUGAAACAUUUUUUAGUAUUAAGCGAUUACAUUAUCAUCCUAUUUAGUCACUCAGAACAGUCAAGUCAUGAUAAUUUGACAUGUAUCCAAGAAAGAUACUAGCUCGUGAGUCAAAUGCAUGUAGUCGACGAGGAAAUUGAGCAAGAAGAUGAGGAAGAAAAGCAUCCAUAGGUUUCAGAGAGUAAACACUGCUAAAACCAUCAAAAUAGUAGUAGCAAAAGCCAUCAGCUUUCUGAGCCCAUGAUGCAAUCAAGCGACUCAAGAGAUCAAAUAAACUUGCCAUAUUCCUCCAGUGGAGGAUGUGCAAACAGCUCUUAAUAGAAAUUAGUGAAUGUCAGAAUGAUUGUUGAAAUCAGCGAUGAAAACAUCAAGUAGCAAUUGUCAAGCAACUCACGAACCAGACUAUUCUUUGAUAAGUUGAGAGGUGAUCAAAACAGUUUGGAAUAGAGAUGCUCCAACUUAAAGAAAAAAAUCUAUAAGAUGUAUCCAAACAAUAAAUCUCUCAUCUACAUUCAAACUAACGACUCAAUACUGAAGCAAAUUGAUAUUCCUUUCGUAAUGUAGACAGUUGUCUCAUAAGUUAAACUUCCUCCAUAACAAUAAAUAAUGAACUCGACUGAUUCAAGCGGCUAAGGAAAUCAUACAAGUUAAAUUGCCUCUGAGAAGUUAAGCAAUUCCUCAACUUACUUUAGAAAAUCUGAUGUAUUCCUGGAGCCGUUUGAAUCUGGAAUAUGCAUUGAUGAUAGCUUAACCAAAACUCAUCGGUUAAUUUUCAAUAAAUUCCCUAGUAGACCUUAUCAUGUAUUGGUCAUAACCAAGGAAAAAGAAAAAUAAGGAGAUGUUAUAAAUAUUAGAGACUUUGAAGCCUCUCUUAUUCCUAUGAAAGCGCUUGAAGGAAUAGUGUUUUAUAACUCAGGUAUAAAAGCAGGUGCAUCAUAAUCUCAUAAGCAUCUCUAGGUCUUACCAAUAAAAUCUCUGCCUAACAAAAAGAUACCGAUUCAUCAAAGAGUGCUUGAGGAGAUCAAAAGACAUAAAAGUAAUGCUAAAAGAUAGGAUAAAAAUGAUGAUAGCUAGCUAUUCCAGUCUUUUGACGAAAAUCUUUUUAUUCUCUCAGAGUAUUAGCAAAUGAGACAUACAUUUUGCUGGCUCGAAACCUCGUAUUUUUAAAAUAUUAUAAGCGAUAAAGAUCUGAAAAAGUCUGCGCAGUAUUAUAGAGAUGCUUAUUAAGCUUGCUUGAAAAAAAUCGGGAAUGCAGACGGCUAAUUACCUUAUAAUUUUGUUGUUACCCCAGAAUGGAUGUUUAUGGUUAUUAGGCAAAAACCUCAUCAUGAAAAUAUACCCUGUAAUUCACUUGGCUAUUUAGGACUCAUGUAUGCUAAAAAUGAAGAACAACGUGAUAAAAUAGUGGAAAUAAAGCCGAUAGAAAUGCUUAAAGAACUUGCUGCUCCUAUGGACUUUAAAUAGUGA